UUUCCUGUUUCCUUCACUGGCGAGCUACAAGCUACACGUGAAGGUCAGUUUCUAAGAAAAAAACACCCAUAUUGCAAUUAUAGUAAGGUUUAUAUCAAUAUGAACGGCCAAGGAGCAACAGCAGACCCACAGCUUCAACAGUUCAUCGAAAUCGAGUCUCAAAAACAACGCUUUCAGCAGCUCGUACAUCAAAUGACUGAGGUCUGCUGGGAAAAAUGUGUGGACAAACCUGGUCCGAAGCUGGACUCGAGGACGGAAAUCUGCCUUGUUAACUGUGUGGAGAGGUUUAUUGAUACCAGCCAGUUCAUUUUGAAUAGACUGGAACAGACUCAGAGGGGAAGGGGCUCUUUCUCAGAGACAAUGGGAGAAUGAAGCUGUCACUUGGACUUGAGGGGACACAUCCUGGUCCAAACAGUGGGUCCUGAUUCUGAACUCUUCAUCUACAAGAAGACCCAACUCAAAGUAUUUACUACGCAAGUGCCUGAGGACGAGUGUUGGUCUGGCCAACACUGCCGUGACGUCAGAUAGAUCAGCGUGGCUCAUAAUUUGGAAUUAUAUUGAAAUGAGAGAAUGGCAGUUAUGUACCGGUAAUUUACUUGUUGGUUAUUUUUACAGCUUGACACCAAGCAUAAUAUUAAUGGUAAAAUAUACAUGUUUCAUCAACCAUU